AUGCCGACUAUUAAUCAGUUUUUAUUAGUAAUGAUUCCAGAAACUUUGUAUGUAAUCGGAGUUGCGCUAAUAGUUUUUGCUAUUUUGCCGCAAUCCGAUUUUCAUUUUAUUAUUAGACAACAAGAAGCUCAGACAUCUUCUUAUAUUACUAUAUUGGCACUGAUUUUAUUAUAUGGUGGAUUUUGGCAAGAUGUUUCAGGCUCAGUAUUAAGUUUAACUGGUGACAUAGUGACCCUCAAUAAAGUUCGCAUAAAAUUGAAGCCCGUAAAAAAUUUUAUUUUUGCAUUGAUAUCAAUUUGGAAAGUGAUUGCUUUUAUUGUAAGUUCCUUAUCUUUCUGGGGAUUCAACAUUCCAAUUUUCUUUUUGUAUUUUAUGAAACUGAUUUUGGAAUUGAUUUUACCUGAGAAAAAUUACUUGAAUAUUGAUAUAAGUGGUCAAAUUAUUCUCAAUGAUGGUUUAUUUGAGGCAAUAAAUCAAUCAUCGUCAAAUAAAGUCGAGCCGGAUUUACUUUAUCCUUUCCGAAGCUGGAAAUCAACUGCAUUGAUGAUUCCGUGUGCCUGGAUAUUCAUACACUUUGUUUUGAGGAUAUAUUUUAGAUUUAAUAAAAAAAUUAAUAAAGAUUUUGAUGAUGACGUAGAAUUAGAUUCAAGACCUUUGAUAGCUUAG